UGUAAUUCGAAUCUUAAAACAAUUGCAAAAUUAAUAUCCCUUAAAAUGCAAGCGUCUACAGUCCAGCCAGUAUUCAAAUUAGAAUUGAAUCAUAAAGUAACACCGGGUAUUGUAACGAUUGCGAAAUAUGAUGGAAUUCAUUCAUGUCUCACUGCUUCUGCUGGAUAUGAUAAAAUUAUUAUCCAUCAUCCUCAUGGUGCCGUGAUAAGCGGUCGUGUUCAGCGAUCUCAAGCUCAUGGAGAAGUAUCUGAACUAAAUUUAAGCCAAGCAGUGAUAGCUCUUGCUGCCGGUGCUAUAAAGCCAGAUAUUGCAAGAGACAUGUUGUUAAUUGGAUCUCCUAACCAAAUAUUAGCUUACGAUGUUCACGACAAUUCAGAUAUAUUUUUCAAAGAAGCGUCUGAUGGUGUUAAUGUUAUUGUUGUUGGUCAUUUUGGAAAAUAUAACGAAAAACUGGUAAUUAUUGGAGGAAAUAGUUCAGUAAUGGCUUUAAACUGGCAGGGCGUUGAACAGUUUUGGAAUGUAGUUGGUGGGAAAGUAUGCUCAAUGAUAACAUUUGAUUUUGACAAAGAUGGAGAGAAUGAGCUCCUCAUCGGAUGUGAAGACUCUUACAUAAAAGUAUUAAAAAAUAACCAAUUUGUCAUGGAGCUCGCUGAGACUGGUCCUGUUAUCUGUUUAUCACAAAUAAGUGAUGUGAGAUUUGCGUAUGGUUUAGCAAACGGUACGAUUGGAAUCUACGAGGAAGGUAUUCGUCUCUGGAGGGUAAAAUCCAAACAAAAUUCUGUUUCACUUCAAUGGUCAAGUGAAAAUUUAGCUUCUUGUUGGGCUAACGGUCGAAUUGACUGGCGAGAUGGAACUGGGCGAGUGGUAAGACGCGUACAAAUGCGUUCAAACGCAGCUGCAAUGAUGCUUGCUGAUUACCGUUGUGUUGGUGCUCCAGAUCUUAUUUGUGUGUCUGAUAAGGGAGAAGUGCUCGGAUAUCCUCUAAUUCAAGAAAAUGUUAGCUUAAAUGCAACUUCAAAAAGGUUCCCAUCUGAAGAAGAUCGAUUAGCUAUUACAGAGUUAUUGAACAAAAAACAAGCUUUACUUGUAGAGUUACAACAUUAUGAAGCUAAUUCUUCAAGCACGGCUAACGACGAUAUUGAGAGGCCAUCAACAGCGAUGCCUACAAACACUAGAUUACAAGUAGCUAUAGCAGCUGAUUCCGAAGAAAAUUGUCUUCAACUAGUCAUUUCUACAAACAACGAUACACUUGUGCGCACAGCGAUGGUACUGGCAGAAGGUAUUUUUGAAUCUGGCGAAACACUGGCAAGGCAUCCACAUUCUAAUCAACUUAAAUCCAUUUUGUACAUACCAUUGAAACCACCACGAGAUGUUCCAGUUGACGUACAUAUUAAGGCUUUAGUUGGUUACCCAGAUAGUGAACAAUUUCAUAUCUUUGAAAUCACAAAACAAUUACCUCGAUUUUCCAUGUAUACAAUCAUUGUAUCUCCAUCAAUAAUGAAAACACCGAUUGAAAGUCAUGUUACUUUUCGUAUUACUGAAAGAGUUCAACGAAUUUGCAUUUGGCUCAACCAGAAUUUUCUGCUAGAUGAAGAAGUAGAACUAGAGAAUGAGGACACGAAGGAUUUGCAUAUAAGCUUUUUAUGUCUUAGAGAUAUGUGUCGCCUAGAAAUUGAAUACAGUGCAGAUGGCCAGGUCAAAAUGAGUACUUCAGAUAUUCGCCUCGCUGGUGAUUUAGUUCAAAGUUUAGCUAUUUAUCUCAAUUUAACUGACUUGCAGUCUACAGCUCGUUUCCCGGAAGCAGAGGAGAAAUUACGAGCGGAAAUGAGCAUAGUAUCCGAAGUCGGGGAGACGCGCUACAGACUCGCGGCAGAAACUGCGGAGAAGGCGCAACUGAUCACCGCGCUACUGCCGGCAGCACAGGAUGCUGCGGCAUAUGAUCUUAAAGAGAUGUUAAACCGAUACAAAGAAGUGAUUCUCCUAAACGAAGAGUUGCUAUUGAAUUGUCAUAUCCGACGGGCUACUCAAGAGCAGGCGGUGACUUCACUCAAAAACUUGCACACAAUUUUACAACAGGCGGCCAGGCUUAGAGUGGGAAAAUAUAGUAAAGCUGUUGUAACAGCUUGCCGAAAAGCAGUCAACGACAAUAACGUAGAAGCUCUAGUGAAAAUCUUACAAGUUGGCGAUACAUAAUAAAAAUAAAACACUAUAAUGACGUCAAAAAACUUUUUAAUAUUUAUAAUUAACUAUUGAAAAAAAAAUGAAACUAAAAGGUGGGAUAAUUCAUACAAAAAUAAACCAAAAAUUCAACUAAACUAUUGCUUAUUUCUGUUUUAUUUUAUAAAUAAAUAAUAAUAAUUACUCGUAAUCCUUAUCCUAGUUAUACUAUCUAGUCAAA